CGCAGUUCAAUUGAUCGAGGGGUUUUCAAAAGGCGUGUGGACGUUUUAAAACUUUCACCCAAGGUCAGCCAAAUAUUAAGGUAAGAAUUAUGGUAGACCGUUUUGCAUGACUUAAAAGGUUGGAGAUAAAUCAUGCUAACAGGAAGUUAAAACUGUAUGGUUGCUCACCGUUUUUCAAGUAAAUUUCAAUCUUGAACAACUGUUAUAAAUCGGCGUAGAACUGAGGAACAAUCACCAGCAAAAAAAAACAAAUUUAAAGCUAUUAUUCAUCAUUAGUAGCUGCACUCUUCAUUUGGAACACAGUCCCAGUACUCAACAGUCCUCAGAUUCAACAGUGUCAUGGAAAAUUCAACCGAAACCGGAAAAACAGCAAUGACGGCACUGCAAUUGACAGAGUAUACCUUCUUUGCUGUUAUAUUUAUUUUCGCUGUGACCGGAAAUACCCUCGUCUGCCUCGUAAUUGCACAGACACCUCGUAUGCGCACCACUCGUAACUUUCUGCUUGUAAACUUGGCAAUUUCAGACCUAAUGGUGGCUUUAUUUUGCAUCCCGUUUGAUGUCGUGUUAAAAGUGACCUCUCCUGUGUGGCCACUUGGUGAAGCACUGUGCAAAGUUGUAUGGCCUGCUAUGACGCUGUUCACAAACUGCUCAGCGGCAACUCUUGCAGCAAUAAGUUAUGACAGGUAUCGAGCCGUAAUAUACCCUUGGAAGCCUCGCUUCACGACAGUUCAAACAUCCAUCAUAAUAAGCUCCACAUGGUUAAUGUCUUUGCUUCUUGUUCUACCCUACAUUCUGGCGUUAAAGAUGGUGGAAGGUGAAUGCCGAGAAGACUGGCCGGUGCCUGUUGCUGUAAAACUGUACACACUGGGCUUGUUUGUGUUCCAGUACGCACUUCCACUCUCGAUCAUAGGCUUUGCGUAUUCCAUGGUGGCACUGAAGCUACGUGAACAAGCAAGCAUCCUGGCAAGAAAUCGUAAAGCGAGUGGCAUAUCUGAAAGUGCGUAUGAAAAAGCUAAGAAUGCCGGGUCCAGUCAGUACAUGGAGUCUGCUAUGGAAAGCGAGCUAGCGUCGAAUGAUCCCUCCUUCGCUAACAGUACUCAGAUGUCGGUCAUAAAUAACAAAACAAAGAUCACAGCGAGCAAGCCUUCGAACACACGGAAAGAGGAGAAACGGCUGCAGAGAUCAACGAAGAUUAUCAAGAUGUUGGUUUCAGUCGUGCUUCUCUACGCCAUAUGCCUUCUGCCCAAUCAAGUCGUGUGGCUAUGGUAUGAGUUUGGUUCAGGUGCCAAUUGGCCCCAUUUAAGUACAUUUCUUACUUUCGGAAGUCUCAUGGUUUAUGUUAAUAGCUGUGUAAACCCACUACUCUAUGCUGGUAUGAACGACGAGUUCAGGAAAGGUUUUGCGAGGAUUCUUAGAUGUCAAUGCAACAACGGUCGUUCGACUUAGUUCCAUUCAUUUUAAAGAAAGGAAAUCAACUUAGUAUGUUGAACCACUUGCAAGGCCGAGUCUAUCUAUUUUUUCAUCACAGUCACAGUUUAUCAACUUUUCUCACAACACCUGCGACUGGUUUAGUGAUGAACUAACCUCUAGCGAACUACUUAGGGUAUAAGUACAGGAAGAAGAACCAAACUAAUCAAUUGAUUGCGAUUUUGACAAAUAAUUCAGUACCACAAAAUAUCGGCGGAAAGUUUUUUGAGGGAGAGAAGAAUCUACACUGGGAUUAAGCAGAGUCGCGAUGGGACGAACCACUUGCUAAUCACUUCCGAACUGGCCAGUCAGUGCGCGCGAAAAGCACUAUUCACCUGUGUGGUAGAUACUAAAAGUACAUAUUUAAGUCUAUACAAUUUG